AUGGAAGAGGAGCACCACUUCAACAAUUGGGAUUUGGGUGCUGUCAUGCGCACGGGCAACCUCCUCCACCUAUCGUCCCCACGGCAAGCCGAUAUCCCCGCUGCACUUUUGCAUCCGCAGACGCAAACACAAAAGAAGACUGUGAUGCCAACGCCAACCCAGGAGCCUGCCAAGAAGACGGAUGCAAAUGUCGGGUGGCGCUUCCCAGACCUGUGCGCCGGAACCAGGCAAGAUGAUGAUGAGCUCCUCAGGGACCUAUUAGCCACCUACCCUCCGCUUCCUCUGCCUUCACCAAGACCACCACCACCCCAACCUCAACAACAGCAACAGCUGGUGGUGACCGCUGCGGAUGUGCCGCCACCCCAUGUGUGCGCUGCUCUGGCUUCCGCUCCGGCGAGGGUGCAGACGAUUGUGUGUCCGGUGUUGGGUGGCUUGUCAAACCCCAAUAGAAGGAGGAACCAGAUGAAGAAGAUGGUCCGCCAUGUUCCCGCGGAUGGCUCAUCAUCGGACGUGUGGGCAUGGCGCAAGUACGGCCAGAAGCCCAUCAAGGGCUCUCCCUACCCAAGGGGAUACUACAGGUGUAGCAGCUUCAAGGAGUGUGCAGCGCGAAAGCAGGUGGAGCGUAGCCACUUGAAUCCCAACACCUUCAUCCUCACCUACAUCGGCGAGCAUAACCAUGCAAUGCCCACCCACCAGAGCUCGCUUGCUAGGACCACCCGCCACAAGUUUACCUCCUCGAUGGCACCGCUACCGCCGCCAUCUUUGGUUGUGGGUGGCGCCGACACCAAUGACGUGCAACACCAGCAGCCAAGCCCUAUCCUUACAUCCAUGCCAACUGUAGGACUCUCACCCACGAUGCCGAUGUGCAUGCCAUCCAUGGAGGAGGACAAUGUUGAGGACAAGGAUGAACUGCUGGUAGAGGACAUGGAGAUAGCCGGCGAGGGCGAGCUGCUGUUCCUGAACACCGAUGGUGACUAUGCGACACCACUAGAAUCGUUGUCCUCACUCUUUGAUAUGGUCAAUGAGUCCUCCUUGAGCUCCCCCUAG